GCGACCUGCAAAAUAUACCUGCCGGUUUGCUUUCUACUUUCGUAUAUAGAAAACAAAAUAUUCAGAUGAAUUGCUUUUCCUAUUACCUUGUGCAAACUUGGAAUGCUAAUCACACAUAAAAGUAACGUUUUAUAAAUACCUAAUAAAUUGUUUUACGAGAUGGAGAUUUGAGAUAAAGACAGUGUGUACGACGGCGGACAAAAAAGCAUGAACGAGCUUCAAUGAUAUCACUUCGUUCUUCUCGAUCAACAGAUCACGGCAUUCCGGUUUCAACAUCAACAGCUGAAGCAACAACAAUAUCGCAGCCAAACUUUGACUCAGAAACUUGGAGCUUACUCAGCAAGGCACGUAAAAAUUAGCACGGGUGAUAUGGCUCACGCCAAGUAUCUCCUGACUGAGUGUGUCGAAAAGGAAAUCCCGGGGUACUGCAUGCAAAAGUCCUCUCUUCCAAUCCUGAGAGUCGAAUACCGAGGUAGCAUGUACGAGGGUCUCAAAACAGAAGCUGCCGAUGAAGCGGACUUGAUGGUCGUGAUAAAAGCCACGGAAGCAGAAGUCGCCAUUGUUGAAGCAGUAGUCCCAGGGCACGCGUUCCUGAGGGUAAGAUGGCAACAAUCUUCUUCCUUCCCCCUUCCUGCAAGUUUUUUCUUGGAGAAAAAAAGUGUAUUAUACCACAUUCUGUCCGUCAUACCUGGUUUCGAAAUCUCGUUUCUGGAGCUUGAUUUUCAACGAAGAUUUUCAUCUUCACAGUACACGCUGUGAGUGGUGGAUAAUGGUUCUGCCGUGCAGUUGAACAUUUACUUGAAGCUAACCCGCUGCUGUCUGUGGAUCUCGUGCCCUGUUUCCACAUUAUGGACAAGUAAUUCGUGCCCAAACGUUAAAAAAGAUGGAAAAUGGUUGUAAAUCGUGAGCUUCUGUGGAAGCAAUCUUUUCCUAUACAGGACAUUGAAAACAACGAUUACAUCACAUGGACCGGGAUGACCAUGGCUGCAGGCAUGAGCUUCUUAGGCCCGGGUCCAACGCCUUACUUCACAUGAGCCGAACCUGAUGACAGGUUGGGUCGACUCAAAUAAUUAAAAAACGCCUGUUUGAGUCAAACGUCGAACUUAAUUCAGUCCAGCCGAUCUGCUACACCAAAUAAAUAACAAAAGCAGUCUUGUUCAGUGGUUUUUCAAGGUAAAGUCAAAAUGGCGCCUUUAGACCUUUGAUUAUGCGUUUGCUUCGACUCAUGUGAAGAUCACCGUUUGACCCAAAGUCGGUCUUCAGGCGUUAUUCCCGGCUGCCAGGCGUGAAGAACGCCUCAGCCGCUCCAAUUAAAAUCAGUCGAACUUAAAUGGGUCAAACGCCGAACUACACAUGAGCCUAAUUGGUUGAAUUGGGUUCGGCUCAUGUGAAGUACGGCGUUUGACCCGGGCGUUAGCAUCAUCAAAACCAUCGUUAAAAAAGGCUUGUAUUCUUCGCUUGUUGAGCUCAUACCAUGUAAAGCAUGCCUUUCUGCACUACCUUGCGAAUCCUCGGUCGAUCCUCGGAAUUGGAGCGGUGAGGACUCUCUGGGGAAUAAUUUUCUUGGAUUUAUGAGUUCAUUGUGCGGUUUGCUGACAAAAGGUUCAAUCCCACACUUCUGGGAGGCACAUUUCAAUAUUCUGGAAAACAUGCCAAAUCCAGGAAAUAUUAAUCUUUUGGCUUGUCGCGGUGCAAGGAUCGUUAAUGCCAUUCUUCAGGGCCAACUUCAUGUUGUUUAGUAGAAUAAAGAAUUAACUAUGGUUUGAUUGAGUAGUUGGCCUGGUUUACACUAGCAACAUGUAAAGACAUUACUUAAAAUUAACUAACUGGCCUCCUAUUAAUGUUUUGGCCUCCAGUGUGAACAAUACAACAAAAUCAGUGGCAUAGCAGGAACAGAAUGACAGAAGCGUAAAACUGAUUUUUUUUUUCUUUGCGUUAUGUCCAUUUCGUAAUGCCAUUAGUAUGAACUUAAUACCAGGCUUGACACCAGCAGUGACCACACAAGAACAUGUUGAGUCAGUAGGUGUUCAUAUAGUUUUUGUUAAACAUCAAGAAGUAUGGUUACAUUUUACAUUAUCAUAUUUUGUGUCAUGGUUUCCAAAUGACAUUAGAUUAGUUUCUCAAAUGAUUCCUGAUCUUGAAAAAUAUCACUGAAAGGUUAUUAGAAGAUCGCAAGACUCAGAGACGAUUUUGAAGAAAAUACUUGUAAUUUUGGUUGAAGUAGAGUGCCAUUUAGUUAAUUAAUUAAUUAAUCAAUUAUUUAAUUAAUUUUCAUCCGAAAUUAAGUUACCUCAAAUACGAAAUUAUACUGUGAGUAAUAAAUCAUUGAAAGUGAUUAACAGAAAACUCUUAGAAUAGCAUUUUUAUGGGAUUAUAUUUUGGAUAGAAAACUAUAUCACAUUUAAGAGAAAAUGGUGACAAAAUAUUUUUUCUUAUUCUUACAAACUGUUUUUUCUUAGUCUACCUAACAGAUAUAAAUUAAAACACUUCACCUUUUACAUCUCAGAUCGAGAUUCUUAACACGGUCAGCUUGAUUGCUACUUUUACAUGAAGGUCGGCACAUAGUCCCUACAAGUCGCGGGGACAAGUCCCGUCGUGUGAACUGGCCAUCUUUGCUCCAAAAUCUAGUCGCAGGGACCUGCGAAUAGUCCCACGAAGUCAAACCAGUUUGAAUUUUGGACUUGUUCCUCAAAACGCUUCGUGUGAACUGUUCGCGGGAAAAGUUCCUGCGGCCAGUCCCUUCGUGUGAAUUCUUCAGGGUACCAGUUGCAGGGACUAGUGUGUGCCGACCUUAACUGAUGAAUGCGUAGAAAAUGGUCCAGUGAUGAUUGACCGAAUGGGCGAGCAAAUGAAGAACUAGUAGAGUGAGAAAAUCAAGAGAAAUUGAAAUUCUUAGUGCUUUGAAAGCACUAUAAGCUCGAGCAUAUUUUGUCCCGGGGUGGAUGGAUUUCAUUAGUUCCAGAGAAUUAGGACAAUUUUUCUGAGAAAAAGCGGAAGUCGCGUGGCAAGAUCCGAGAGGGACUUGAUUGGCUGAAAAUGCCAUCGAGUUGGCACUUUGCUCAUCAAAACAUUUAUUCUCCUGAUAUUUAGUAUAAUCUUUUUGAAUUAGAUUAACUAACUCUCACAAUUUCGCGAUUUCACGCCUUUCAAAAACCAGACAAUGUGGGCUUGGAACUGGCUGGUAGGAGACGACACAUUAACAAGGAAACUUCGUAAUUAUUCUGCCAAGCAUGUGAAGAUUUCCGAAGCUGACAUGACUCUUACAAAAAAGCUGGUGAAAGAUUACGUUGAAAACCAGGUCAUGUGGUACUGUCGAAAGAAAUCCUCGCUUCCCAUUCUGAGACUGGAGUACACCGGAAGCGUGUACGAAAGGCUGAAGACAGAAGCUGCUGAUGAAGUGGACGUCAUGGUCGUACUGAAAACCACCGCGCCGUGGUUAUGGGGUGAUCCGGAAGUCAUGGUGGAAGAUACAGAUGUACCUGGGUACGUACGGCUGAAGGCAAGAUUGGACACAAAAUUUCGCAGGUACGCAGGACCCGAAGGUUACAUACAUCCUGAGCGGCUUCGCAAUGGCUGGUUCUACAGUCUUGUCGAACAAGCAAUAAAUGAUUUCAGAUCUAGAUCACCGCGUUCUGAUGUUGAUAUGGUUGUGCGAGCCCACGGGCCAGCUGUUCAGCUGGAUAUCUUCAAGAAGGAAUCUGGUAUGAUGUUGUUGUCAGCAGAUCUGGUUCCUUGCUUUCAAAUCGGAGCAGACAGCUUCUAUGUGGCCAAGCCCUAUAGAGGACGAAGAUACGUUUCUAGUCCUGGUCUUCUUUGGAGGCAGUCGUUUUCAUUAAAGGAAAAAAGCAUCUUAGAAUACAUGGAUAGAGAUCAUGGCUGUAGGCACGAGCUCCUCAGAAUCGUCAAAACCAUCGUGAACAGGGAGCGAACCUCGCUCGGUAGACUCGAGUCGUACCACUUGAAGACAGCCUACAUGCAUUAUAUAAAAGAAAAACGUGGAAACUGGACCAGCCGGAACUCGCUGGGGGAACACUUUGUUGGCUUUCUUGGGGAGCUGCAGAAGGCCCUGGAAAAUGGAAAUCUUGCGCACUACUGGCUGGGUGGCGUAAACGUUCUGGAAGACAUUGAUGAGGUGGUGAUGAAGAACAUGGCAUAUCGUCUGAAAAGGAUCCUGAAUAGCGAAGUAGAAAGGGAUCGGAUUCUUGAAUAGCGAACAGUUUCGCUAUUUUUCAUUGUUUUCAAACAGACAAUGAUCACAUCGAACUCUACACCCUCCUCUUAUUUAGGCCUAACAAACAAACUAAGCGAAAGAAAAGAACUAGUGAAAUUUAGGAAAGGCAAUCACAAAGUAAGAAUUGAGACUGGUGGAUGCCCUAUUUGUGCAUCUAAUCAAAUUGAAGACGAAUCUCACUUUCUAAAAUAUUGCAAUAAAUACUCUAUUCUAAGAAAUAAAUUUUAUGAAAAAAAUAGAACAUAUCAUUCCGACUUUUGAAAAAUUAUCUUCGUUAAGAGCCAUUAGCGAACUUAUGACUUCUUCAAAUCAUUAUAUUAAUAUUCAAUUAGCAAAAAUCAUUUCAUCUUGCUUUGAUCU